AUGGCAAGAAAAAAUGCGGUAUCAUGGCCUUUAGCUCUGCUGGUUAGUUUUCUGCUUCUUGAAGUUGUGGUACAAGGAAGGUUAAUGGAUGGAGACGUCAAUAUGGGCCAUGAGAUUCGCAGAAUCAACCGUGGAAAGGCUGGCCAUCACCCCCUUGCUGUCGGUUAUGGUUAUGGUUAUGGCUAUGGUUCAGGUGGUGGCACGGGAGGAUGGAGUGGUCCGGCAGGAGGUGGUGAAGGUGGAGGUGCUGGGGCUGGGACUGGCUUUGGUCAAGGUGGGGGCAACAGCCAAGGAGGUGGUUCUAGUUAUGGUGGAGGAAAUGGAUAUGGGUCAGGGUCAGGAUACGGGGGAGGCAAAGGUGGUCAUUACAAGGCAACCAGUUCUCUCUUAUCCAAGCUUAUCGUUAACUCUAAUUCCACCAAUUUAGAGAAAUUCAUGAAUGUAGAUGAAAAUCGUUUUACAAAAACUUACUACAAGAAAUCCAAAUCUAAUAAAAUUGGUUAA